GCUAACUAACCUCAAUUUUUGCAAAUAAUCAAAACAAACCUUUGUUUUUGUGAAGAUUACAAACAUUUCACACGUUUAUCUGUUACUAGCCGCGUUAAAGUUAGCAUGUGCAGUGAUAGUGUAAUAAACUGAGCCUGUUUCUAUCAUCCUUUAUUAACAAUGCUGCUUACUUUAAGUGCAAAUUUUAUAUCGUUGUGUUUUUGUAUCUAAAGUGAAAUGAUUCCUUCUAAUACUAUUUGCGUCUCUCAGGAGGGCCCAGCUAAUGCUUUGGCCCUCAACAAAGACUGCAGCCAAGUUGUAAUUGCCGGGAGAAAUGUAUUCAAAGUGUUUUCAAUUGGGGAAACUGAAUUUACCGAAGUCUGUAAUCUGCGUGUUGGCAAAAACCUGAACCUGAAUUUUUCUUCAAUAGAUGUAGCUUGGAGUACCAUUGAAGAAAACACAUUAGCCACAGCAGCCACCAAUGGGGCUGUGGUGGUGUGGAACCUCGGCCGCUCCGGUCGCUCUAAACAAGAGCAUGUCUUCUCUGACCAUAAAAGGACUGUCAAUAAGGUUAGCUUCCAUCUGACUGAGCCAGCAUUGCUGAUAUCUGGAUCUCAAGAUGGUAUGAUGAAAUGCUUUGAUCUUCGCAUGAAAGAAGUUGCCAGGACAUUUAUCAGCAACACGGAGUCGAUCCGCGACGUGCAGUUCAGCCCGCACCAGGCGCACCAGUUCGCCGCCGUGUCCGAGAACGGCUCCGUGCAGCUGUGGGACGUGCGCCGCCACGAGCGCUGCCUGCAGCACUUCACGGCGCACUCGGGGCCCGUGUUCGCCUGCGACUGGCACCCCGAGCUGCCCUGGCUGGCCACCGCUUCCCGGGACAAGACUAUCAAGAUCUGGGACAUCCACGCGAAACCAAACCUGGAACACACCAUAUACACGAUCGCCUCGGUUGGACACGUCAAAUGGAGACCACAAAAGAAGUUCCAGGUGGCGUCGUGCGCGCUGGUGCUGGACUGCGCCGUGCACGUGUGGGACGUGCGCCGGCCGCACGUGCCGCUGGCCACCUUCGCCGAGCACCGUGACGUCACCACCGCCAUCGCCUGGCAGGCCGACCCGCACACCUUCCUCUCCACCAGCCGGGACUGCAGCCUGUACCGGCACCGGUUCACGGAGGCGGCACACCCGGUGCUGUGGGCGAACCCGCACGGGGUCUGUGUUUCUGCGCGCGGCGAGCUGGCGCACGCGGCGCCCGAGCGGCCGCUGCCCGCGCUGCACCCCUACUGCCACCCGCCCGGCGAGCGCGUCGUGCCCGGACUGGGCCGCAAGCAGCCGACGGCCGGCUCACUAGGCGCGUCCGCACAGGCGGCGCUGGAGCGAGCGUUCCCGGGCGGCGCCGCCUCUACCUUGUGCCGCUACCGCACGCGCGUCGAUCCCGUGGCCGGCGAGCUGGCCGCUAAAGAGGCUGAUGAGAAGGCCAAGGAGGCCGAUGAGAAAGGAACCAAUGGGCAAGUGAACGGGAGUGAUGACGUGGACGAUGACAAUGAAGACGAUAUGGACCGGCGCACGUCGGCGCUGGUGGGGUGCGCGCUGCACUACCGCAUCCGCGGCGCCUGCCCGCACGAGCUGGCUGCCCGCAACGCCGCCGUCGCGCGCUCCUACAACCGGCACAUGGUGGCGCACGUAUGGGAGGUGGUCCGCGCGGUGUGCGAGGCGCGCGCCGCCUCCCGCCGCCCGCCGCCGCCGCGCCCGCCAGAGCCGCGCGCCGACCCGCCGCCGCCGCCGCCGCACUACAGCGCCGUGGAGGAGGAGCCGCUGGAGGAGGCGGAGGAGUGGGCGGAGACGUCGUUCCACAACAGCGGCGUGCUGGGCAUGCCCACGCUCACCAUCUACAUCCCGCCCGCCAAGUACGCCAAGCAACUCCGGGAGGACAGCGAGAACAUGGGCUGGGUGUCGGCGGCGUCGGCGCACUACGUGGACAUCGAGGCGGCGGACUGGACGCUGCCCGAGGAGGCCUUCCCGCUGCGCACCGCCCCGCCGCCCGCGCCCCCCCACACGCCGCCCCACCAGCCCCACCCGCCC